UGGAAUACACCAUGUUGUUGUUUCUUUUUCCAGUGAAGACGGUGAAAACCUUUGACCCCACUGGAAGGACAAUGCUCCACAGAGCUCGCCUCACUCUAAAAUGGUUUCACAUAAAACUACUUUGUCAUACUAUUAAAAAAAAACCCCACAUGUGAUCCGGCUGACACCAGCCCAGCAGGUGUCCCUGCCAGACGUCAGAAUGUGCUAACUACACAGAGGUUUCUGUCAGAGCUCCCAGCAGGGGGUGACAUUGACAGUGUGCUGAUGGAGAGAACUGUGAGACAAACCUGGCACGACAAACAGCUUCUUCUGAAAAAAACAAAACAAAAAAAAACAGUACCAUACGGUUGAAGGCCAAAGUACAGGAUACAGUGAUUCCGUUUUAAAAUGUUUUCUCGGAGAAAGCUGCAACUAUUAAUCUGAAUAAAUGAAACUGGAAAAAACAUUAUUGGAGUCACAGAGGAGCAUUUGAGACACAUUUAAAAAUUUUUUUUUUUGCCAAUUUUCCCCUCACUCUUUUCUCUUACCUUACUUUAUGGAACUGGCUAUAUGUGAUUUAUACAGUACUUUGGAAACCACUUAGCUAGAAAAUAUUAUUUUCAGCUGAGUUGGUAAUGUAAAGUCAAUUUUCUAUUUGCUAACUUUCCUUUUUUAGUAAAAACAACUUCUACCUAGCACUACAGGUUGAAGCUGCAGUGUUAAUCUUUUACUAAAUUAGCGUUUACUAAAUAUAGCUCUCCUUUAGCUGUCAUUUUGGCUGUAAUCUUCUGAGCUGUUCAGGCCAACUUUUAACUAAUUAUAUGUCUGUUGUACUUUUGUUAUGGUAUGUUUCCUGCUUUCAAAUACUUUGUUUAGUACUGGAGCAUGACAUCUUAUCUGUCCAUAUCUUUUUACUUUGUGGAAAUAAUCACUGUUCGUGUAAACAAAAUGGUUCGGAUGUUUAUAUUUCCCCCAUCGAGUCUCAGGAUUUUAGUGUAUUUAAUUUGCAACCAAGGAAACAAGCGAGACAAACAAAUGUGUUACUAACAGAAUGAGGCAGAGUUCCCUGAAGGAAAACCAUGUGCUGUGAUUGCAAAUGUCAUUAGCCCUGGUUGCCUAGGAGCCCAGCUCAUCUGUACUCUGCUUCCACCCUCUUCCAUCAAUGUGGCACAGACGUGCACGGCCACAGACUCCACAAGUGCUGCAGGCAACAGCGCCGAGUAAGAGUUGCUGAGACAGAGAGGAAGUCAAGUCUCUUAGUAUUUAAGCUACUCCUGCUCUAGGUAUCGAACUCCGAACAUGUCUACGGUGCUGGAGCUGCCGUUCAGACCCGACACCCAGCUGACGGAGGUGAUGCGUCUACGGGUUCAGUCCCUGCAGCAGAGAGGACAGAAGAGACAGGACGGGGAACGCCUGCUGCGGCCCAACGAGGCCGUGUACCGACUGGACUUCUCCAAACAGUCCCUCCACUUCUCACACUGGACGGUACGACUGACGCAGCCGGGGCACCUCACCGUCACCGCCACAUCUCAGCUGUGGACGCCCGACCUCACCAACCUGAUGACACGGCAGCUUCUGGAACCCGUUGGCGUUUUCUGGAGGUCACCAGAAGAUGCCAGUAACGUCCCCGUCAAAUGUUACGACGCCGAUGCGCACGAGUUUGGUGAAAGGAUCGCAGAAUUGGCUAAGGUAAGGAAAGUCAUGUACUUCCUGUUUGCGUUUGCGGAAGGCUGCAACCCGGAGACGGUGGACUGCUCCAUCACCUUCACCCUGGACAGCUGAGACAUUAAACCCUGGACACACAAUUUUUUCCCUCUGUUUUCCGACCCCUCUGUGCUCUGUGAGUUUUUAGUUGAAGUGAACUUUAGUUUAGACGCUGUGUUUUAGAGUCAAUGUCGUCCUGUAAAUGUCACUGAAUGGCUUUAAGCAGAGAAAUAUUCCUACUAGAAAAACAAGAAUUUAUGUCAGAUGAACUGGAUGAUUGUACAACGAUGACACUUUUGAACUUUUGUCCUGAACUUCAGUUCUGUUCCUUUGUCCUGUUUUACUCCUUAACUCUAAUAAAAACUCCUCAUUGAAAAAGCGUGUGUAGAUUUUGUUUUGUAACCUUUAAACACCGAUCUCUUUGGACUUGCAAACUGCCGUCUCCUUCUCCUCUUGCCUGACAAACAGCCAGCCCAGAUGGUUUGGCAGAAAUGAGUCCCAUGUGAGAAACGAGACGGAGACCGUGUGUAUUUGUUUGUACGCAGAGUGGGAGGAUUUCCCUAACGGACGGAGGAGAACAGGUUCCCACUGAUCCCGAUCCGUCUUUCACGGUGACCUGACAAACAAGGAAGCUGAGGCGCGUGUGUUUCAUCUCUCGGUUUCCUCCUGUUUCUCACCGCAGGGGAGAAACCGGUGAGUGUGAUUGUUAUUGAGAUGAGAAGAAGAUAAACUGAGGACAAAAGACAUUCAUUCUGAACCUCGUGUUUUUUUAAAAACAAACAACAAAAACGGUGUCUGUUACGUUGAUAGUGGACCCACUCAAUGCACUGAUAAAGUGUAAAACAUCGAGUGGUGUCAAGUGACACGUCAUCUAGAUUUACCGUUUGACCAAAUAGUCAGUGGAAAAACAAGAAGAAACAACAGUUUCAGUUCAGUUUGAAAUGAAACACACUGGGAUUUGGUUGCUGGUAAUUAUCAUGUACCAGGUAGAGAAAUGUUAUUGUUCUGGAGCUUCACGACUCUGGAUUCACCAGGUGAGAGAAUUAGUCCCAGUGAGACUGGGACACACACUUGGUCUGCUGGUGCUGAAGACCAGUGGGAGAAACAGCCAGGAAACAGUGUUUAAGUUAGGCUACAUUUUAGCUUUUUUUUUUGACCUGGGGAAUUGUUGUUCUGCUGUGUUCUAUCACCACUGGUGUAAACAUUUAGGCUGCGGUGAUUUACUUUUCUAACUGGG